AUGAUUGCUCCGGGCUGCGAGCCGUGGGACUACGACGAUCUGACAGAGUGCGGGAGGGCACUGUACGCCAGCGGGUACGUCCCGCUGGGCGUGGUGAGUGCAUGCGCGGCGUACGUGGUGGGCAGCGUGCUCGCCGGGGGCUCUGACGGCGCGGCGGCACAGGCGGCGUGUGUUCCUGACGAGGAGCGGCCACUGCUGGACGCGGACCUGGCUGCACGGCGGUACACGGACACGGGGGGGCGGAACCUCAAGGCGGAGCAUUUUGCCAUCGAGAAGCUGCAGCUGCUGGGGCCGGAUGGGCGCCCGCACGGGCACGCCGAGGAGGUGCGGCGGAGCUUUGCGGAGCGUAGCCGCGUGGCUGUAGAAUUCCUUGGCUGCGCGCUGCUGCUCGGUCUGAGCGGCGGUGUCUGGGCAAACUUAUCGAUCAUACCUGGGCCGCAGGUCCCGCUGCCGCGCGUGUCUGCGGGGAGCAACCUUGCGCUCUGGACGGGGCUGUUUGUCAGCGCGGCGCUGCGGCUGGCCAACGCGGGCGAGCAGCUGGCGUGGGUGCGCGCGCUGCCGGUGAACCUGUGGGGCAUGUCGUUCGGCGCGUACACGGCGCUGGCGGCGACGUCCAUGCUGCCGUUCCGGUCGGUGCUGCUGGGGCACGUGGCCGACCCAGCGGCGGCGCGCUACUACACGGUGAACUUCGCGGUGCUUCUGGUGCUGUUCCUGGUGACAGUUACGGCGAAGGUGGGGUUCCGGCUGCCGGUGCUGUAUCGCCGGCCGGGCGGCGAGUUUCCGUCGCCGGAACCCAUGACGUCUGUGGCGGCUGGGAUGACCUGGGCGUGGCUGGACCCGAUGAUCUGGCAGGCGCACAAGCGCUACCUGGAGAUAACCGACGUUUGGGGGCUGCGGCUGGAAGACUACGCGAUCUUUGUCAUGCGGCGCUUCCGCCACUCCGCGCGCCGUGUUUCGGGAGGCCGGCUGUACGGUAACCUGUUCCGCUUCUUCUUUGGCUACCUAGCCCUGCAGGCGGUGUGGGCCAUCCUGGAUGGGCUUGCCAACUUCCUGCCCACUAUCCUCCUGCAGUGCACGCUGAAUUAUGUGGAAGACCCGCAGUCUGUUCCAUCCAGCAUGGUGCCGAUCUAUGUCGCGGGUCUCUUCCUGAGCCGUCUUGCUCUAGCGCUGUUCCAGGCCCAGGCGCUCUUCAUCGGGCGGCGGAUAUGCAUUCGGUUGAAAGCGGUGCUAGUUUCGGAGAUCUACACCAAAGCCUUGCGUAGGCGCGUCUCGCCUUACGCUGGAGUGGCAGUGGACAAGAGUAACUCGCCGGAGGGGAGCCCUGUGCGGUCGGCCAACGCGGAAGAAUCCAAAGCAUCUAACCUAGGCGAAAUCAUUAACCUGAUGGCCGUUGACGCCUUCAAGGUCUCUGAAAUUAGCUCAUAUCUGUACUUUUUCAUUGGGUCUUUUGUGAUGGUGGUUGUCUCGAUGAUUUUCCUGUACCGCCUGUUGGGCUGGUCGGCGUUGGUGGGAGUUGCCUUGCUGGUUGCAAUGCUGCCUUUGAACUAUAAGCUAGCACAGAAGCUGGGCAACCUGACUGUGGUAACGUUGGGCUUCACGGACAAGCGUAUUCAAAAACUCAAUGAGACACUCCAGUCGAUCCGUAUUAUUAAGUUUUUUGCAUGGGAGACGAACUUUGAGAAGGAGGUGCAGGCCAUCCGUGAGGAUGAACUGGCGACUUUGCUGAAGAGAGCUAUUGUGUGGUCCGCAAUUUCCUUCCUCUGGUUCAUGGUAUCCACGAUUGUUGUUUCAGCUUCUUUUGCCUGCUACAUCUACAUUCAGGGGGAAGUGCUCACUAUACCGGUUGCAUUUACUGCACUUUCGCUUUUUGUGAUGUUGCGUAAUCCCUUGGACGUCCUGGCGGAUAUGCUGUCUUAUGUUGUGCAGUCGAAGGUUUCUCUUGAUAGAAUUCAGGCGUUCUUGGAUGAAGAUGAGACAACCAAAUACGAACAACUAACUAUCAGUGGAAACCGUUUAGCAUUUGAGAAUGCCACUAUCGCGUGGAAUGAUGAUCCUUCCAGCUUCAGGUUGCGUAAUAUCGAUAUUGAAUUUAUGAUUGGUAAGUUGAACGUCGUCAUUGGACCAACAGGUACCGGGAAAUCAUCACUCUUGCUUGGAUUAUUGGGUGAGAUGACCUUGCAGGAAGGUAAGAUAUAUGUUCCAUCGCUGGAUCCGCGCGAAGACUUGGUCAUUCAAGCAGAUGGAUUAACUAACUCUAUCGCCUACUGUUCUCAAUCCGCUUGGCUGCUGAAUGAUACCGCUCGUAGCAAUAUUCUAUUUAACUCACCAUACAACGAGCAACGUUACAAUGACGUGCUUGAAGCGUGCGGUUUGAAGAAAGACUUUGAGAUCCUCAGUGGUGGUGAUUUGACACAAAUCGGAGAGAAGGGUAUGACACUAUCGGGCGGGCAAAAGCAGCGUAUUUCUUUGGCAAGGGCUCUAUACUCUUCUGCGAGACACCUCCUACUUGACGACUGUCUAAGCGCAGUUGAUUCGCACACCGCUCUGUGGAUUUAUGAAAACUGUAUCAUCGGGCCAUUGAUGGAGGGCAGAACAUGCGUGUUGGUAUCUCAUAAUGUGGCGCUCACGAUGCGUAACGCUGAUUGGGUCGUGAUUUUGGAAAACGGAAGAGUUAAGGCUCAGGGCGAACCCUUGGCGUUGGCGAACGAGGGCCUACUUGGUGAAGACAAACUCAUCAAGAGCUCCAUUGCGUCAAGAACCAAUUCGUCGCUCAGCUUGAAAACACCACAAAGUGCGCUUAACCUGAAAGAGCUUGACAAUAAAAUAAGAACUGCCACAGCGGAAAAUCUUGCCGGCAAUGCGUCGAACGAUGACGAACGCAAAAAGGUCGGUAAACUAGUUGCUCAAGAAACAAAAGCAGACGGCGUCGUGAGCAUUGAUGUCUACAAGUGGUUCUAUAAUUUGUUUGGUGGCUGGAAGAUGACACUUGCUCUUGCUACAUUGUACCUUUCCGCCCAGUGCUUAUAUAUGAGCUCUUCAUGGUGGAUUCGGUACUGGAUUAUGCAUGACGCGAAGAGUCAAAUACCAAUGAUUAGUGUAUCGUCUACGCCUUCCUUCGGUAAUUUGAUUCGGCAUGCGCAAGGCUUAUUCAGUCAGCCAUUCCUUUUUGUUAAAAGCUUGAUGACCGAGCAUGCAGUCAAUUCCGAUGGAUCAAAGGGAACUUUCUAUUACCUUGCAAUUUACGUCUUGAUCGGUCUAACAACCGCUUCCUUAUCUGCCUUAAAAAACAUCAUUAGUGUUAUGGCAGGCCUGUAUGCAUCCCGGAAGAUCUUCAACUUGGUAUUGUGGAAGAUUUUGCACGCGAAGAUGCGUUUCUUUGAUGCAACCCCCACCGGAAGAAUAAUGAACAGACUUUCGAAGGAUCUGGAAGCCGUCGACCAGGAAUUGAUUCCUUAUUUUGAGGGGUCUUUUGCCGCGGUUGUUCAGUGUAUUUCCACGCUUGUUUUGAUCGCUUACGUUACUCCUCAAUUUUUGAUUAUGGCAAUAUUUAUCGGCUUCUUAUAUGCUUUGAUUGGUUAUUUUUACGUUACUACAUCGAGGGAACUGAAGAGAUUUGAAUCGAUUACCAGGUCUCCAAUUUAUCAGCAUUUCUCUGAGACAUUAGUUGGGAUCACUAGUAUUCGUGCGUAUGGCGAUGAGCGCCGUUUCAUGUUAGAAAACUUGAGUAGGAUUGAUGAUAACAAUCGACCAUUCUUUUACCUGUGGAUAGCCAACAGAUGGCUAGCGUUUCGUGUUGACUUGCUCGGUGCGCUAGUAACCUUCUUCAGUGGUCUUUUCAUUUAUUUGAAUAUUGGUAAAUUGGAUGCUGGGCUUGCUGGUAUCUCUUUAACCUAUGCUAUUUCCUUCACGGAAGGUGCACUUUGGUUUGUGAGACACUAUUCCAACGUUGAGAUGACUAUGAACUCAUUUGAGCGUCUGAAAGAGUACAUGGAGAUAGAGCAAGAACCCUACAAUGAAAACGCGCAACUCCCACCAGAUAACUGGCCACAGCAUGGAAGAAUAGAUGUUUCUGACUUGUCUCUCCGCUAUGCUCCUAAUCUGCCAAAAGUAAUCAAGAAUGUCAACUUUUCAGUUGAACCGAAGCUAAAGGUAGGAAUUGUGGGUCGGACGGGUGCUGGUAAAUCGACGAUAAUCACUGCAAUGUUUAGGUUUUUGGAUCCUGAGACAGGCUUUGUUAAAAUUGACAACAUUGAUAUCACCACUAUACCUUUACAUCGGUUGCGGCAGUCCAUUACUAUCAUUCCUCAAGAUCCUACUUUGUUCACCGGCACGUUAAAAUCUAAUCUGGAUCCCUAUAGCCAAUACAGCGAUAAACAAAUUUAUGAGGCGUUGCAGAGGGUUAACCUUCUUUCUGAUACAGAUAUAAAUUCUCUUUCUAGUCCAUCUACUCAAUCCAGUGGCGAGAAUAUCAAUAAGUUCCUAGAUCUUAACAAUGAAGUUACGGAAGGCGGCGCUAAUCUAUCGCAGGGGCAGAGGCAGCUAGUGUGCUUAGCCAGAUCGCUUUUGCGCUCACCAAAGAUUAUUAUGUUAGAUGAGGCGACUGCCUCCAUUGAUUAUACAUCUGAUGAAAAGAUUCAGCAGACCAUUAGAGAAGAAUUCCGGGACAGCACUAUCCUGACCAUCGCACACAGGUUGAAGUCCAUUAUCGAUUAUGAUAAGGUUCUGGUUAUGGAUGCAGGUGAAGUUAAAGAAUACGACCAUCCAUACUCUCUACUACUGAACAAAAACACUAUUUUCUACAACAUGUGCGAGAGAACAGGCGAAUUGGAUGAUUUGAUUCAAGCUUCAAAAGAAGCCUUUGUAAGAAAGCUCAACUCGAAAUAA